AAGCGCUCGGUAGAGAAGAUGGCUCAAGUCACCAGACAAAUCAUCCAUACAGCUACUGCACCCGCGGCUGUUGGUCCAUACAGCCAAGCAGUUCGCGUUGACAAUACCAUCUACAUCAGUGGCUCAUUAGGAUUAGAUCCCAAGAGUGGUGAGCUGAAGGCAGGCAUAAAAGAGCAAACGCACCAGUCUUUAAAGAACAUCGGAGAAAUUUUGAAGGCUGCCGGGGUUGGCUAUGGCAACGUGGUAAAAACAACCGUUCUUCUGGCAAAUAUCGAUGAUUUCACUACCGUCAACGACAUCUAUAAGGAGUACUUCACCGCAAAGUUCCCGGCCAGGGCUGCCUAUCAGGUGGCUGCCCUGCCAAAGAAGGCCCUCGUUGAAAUUGAAGCCAUUGCCGUAGCAGGUGAACUCAAGGACGCAUGA